GAACCAGGCGAGGUGCCGAGCUUGGCGGCGUCUGCUCUGAGGCUCCCGAUUCCUUCCCCAGCUGGGUCCAGACCACAUUUAUCCUGGGUGUUCGCCGUCUCAGCACGCCGGCGUGGGAGGAGGCGCGGCUGCCCGGCUCCUGGGGCAGGGCCUAAGGGCUCGGAAAGCCGCGGGAGCUCCAGGACCACCCCCACGGCGCGGGAAUCUGCUCGGAACAGCCGCCGGGCACGGCGCGGGAAGAGCGGACCGGGUGGGCCUGGGGGCCGCCGGGUCCCACCGCGAAGCUCCGGGCACAAGCCUCCCGGGAACGCUGGCCCUGCUACCGGAGCCCCAGGAGCCCCCAUGAGCGCCGGCGAAGGGAGUCCUGGCUAGCGAGGUCCCGGCUGACCCGGGGCUGGGUCCCCCACCAUGCCGCCCUUCCUCAAGCGCCUGCAGCAGCUCGCCAAGACCAUGAGCCGCUGGAAAAUCCUGCUGGUGGUGCUCGGGUGCAGCACCGUGAGCCUCCUCAUCCACCAGGGGGCGCAGCUCAGCUGGUACCCCAAGCUGUUCCCGCCUCGCUGCCCGCCCGAACGCGCCUCGCCGCCGCGCCCCAAGCACCUGACCGUGGCCUUCCUGAAGACGCACAAGACGGCGGGCACGACGGUGCAGAACAUCCUGUUCCGCUUCGCCGAGCGCCACAACCUGACGGUGGCGCUGCCGCACCCGAGCUGCGAGCACCAGUUCUGCUACCCGCACAACUUCUCGGCGCACUUCGUGCACCCGGCCACGCGGCCGCCGCACGUGCUGGCCAGCCACCUGCGCUUCGACCGCGCCGAGCUGGCGCGCCUCAUGCCGCCGGGCACCGUGUACGUGACCAUCCUGCGCGAGCCGGCCGCGAUGUUUGAGUCGCUCUUCAGCUACUACAACCAGUACUGCCCGGCCUUCCGCCGCGUGCCCAACGCGUCGCUCGAGGCGUUCCUGCGCGCGCCGGAGGCCUACUACCGCGCCGGCGAGCCGCUGGCCAUGUUCGCGCACAACACCCUGGCCUACGACCUGGGCGGCGACCCCGAGCGGCGGCCGCGCGACCGCGCCGCCUACCUGGCGGGCCUCAUCCGCCAGGUGGAGGAGGUCUUCUCGCUCGUCAUGAUCGCCGAGUACUUCGACGAGUCGCUCGUGCUGCUGCGGCGCCUGCUGGCCUGGGACCUGGACGACGUGCUCUACGCCAAGCUCAACGCGCGCGCCGCGGGCUCGCGCCUGGCCGCCAUCCCCGCCGCGCUGGCGCGGGCGGCGCGCGCCUGGAACGCGCUGGACGCCGGCCUCUACGACCACUUCAACGCCACCUUCUGGCGCCGCGUGGCGCGCCUGGGCCGCGCGUGCGUGGAGCGCGAGGCGCGGGAGCUGCGCGCGGCCCGCGAGCGCCUGCUGCGCCGCUGCUUCGGCGAGCGGCCCGUGCUGCGGCCCGCCGCGCAGAUCCGCACCAAGCAGCUGCAGCCCUGGCAGCCCAGCCGCAAGGUGGACAUCGUGGGCUACGACCUGCCCAGCGGCGCCGCGGGCCCGGCCGCCGAGGCCUGCCUCAAGCUGGCCAUGCCCGAGGUGCAGUACUCCAACUACCUGCUGCGCAAGCAGAAGCGGCGCGGCGGCGCGCGCGCGCGCCCCGAACCCGCCGUCGAGCAGCCCCCGCCGCCUCGGCCCAUCCGGGCGCUGCCCCGCGGGCCCCGCGGCCACUGAGCGCCGCCCCCGGCCGAGGCGCGCCUCUCUAGCUGAGCCCGAUUCCUGGGGGGCGGAGGGCUGAGCCCCAUCUUCUGGGAGGGUGCUCCUAGGCCCGAUCGAGCCCCGGGCCUCCCCCUCCUCCCCUGCCUUUUCUCCGGGGCUUGCCCCCGCCCCAGCCUCUCUCUUCCGAGGGGAUGCGCCCACCCGGCUUCAGAGGGGGGCUGGGGUCCGGGAGGGGCGGCCGCCUCCCCGCUCGCGCCCCCCCACGGGGUUCAGGGGGCUCCCCACCGUCUGUCUUCCAGGUUCCACCCUCCCACGGAAGUAAGCUGCUCCCAGACUCCGGGAACCAAGAGUUCUUGAGCUGGGUUUUUUCCUUUGUUCCGUCUUUCCUUUCUUUGGAUCGUUCUGUUCCCUUUCUUUCUUAAUAAAACCUCUUUCAAAUGUG